CGUCAGGCGUCCUGGGCAUCUCGUCAACUAAUCAUUCUCCAGAAAACGACUAAUAAUCAUCCCGAGAUUUCCGUUUGUAUAUUCCGCCGUAUCCGGGAACCAUUAUCUACGAGAUUCUGCGGCGUAGACAUUAUCGUCUCACCCCCGUCUGAUGCCAGUCGCAUACCUUUUGCAGAUGGCGCCUUGAGACCUGCAGGACGUUAGCCUCCGUCAGCAAUCUUCGACAUUCUCCUGCUGCGUUAUCGAGAAUGUCAAUUGUCGUCAGCUCCCGACUCCGCUGUUAAUCGUCCCGCAAUGGCCGAUUCCCUUCCGAAACUGAAGGUGACCUCGCCUCAUCACACAACCUCUGCUCCUUUUCCGUCGCCAAAAUUCCACACCUUGUCGGCCGAUGAGGCGUUCAAAGAGAAUCUUGUACGCCCUCGGCGAUCGGGCGACCGAGCUCCGUCCAGAACUAGCACGAGCUCACCCACGAAGUCGCUUACGAAUACUCCUUUUCCGGACACAGAAGACGCGCAAGAUGGUGCUCCGCCUGCUAUUGAUCCCCUGUCGCAACAUAUCCUAAAACGCACCAAAACAGGGACUCCAAUCGCAGAGAAACUUCGAUCGACAACCCAUGACUCCACCUCUCGACCAGGCACCCCAGCCGAUGGCACUCCCGAAAUAAAGAAAUCGGUGGAAUCGCCUAGAGUAGACAGCUUUGGGACAAACAAGGACAAAAAGAAAGGUGUUUCAUUCCUUAGCCGGUUCAUAGGAGGUAACAAGAAGAAAUCAGGCGCAGAAUCUGUGGGAGACAAGGACUCUGAACUUGGCGAUGCUGAACGACUUGAGGGCAAGGAAGCGGAAAUCUUCUCGCAGCCCAUCGAGAAUCUCGGCUUCCUUCCGAAACAUCCACAACCGCCGGCAUAUAUCAAAGUAAGAGCAAGAUGCAAAAAGGAAAAGGAGUUUGACCGGGUGUUCCUAGCGCAAGAGUUGUGUUCGCGCGCUACGAAGAAAAAACAGUCGAUGGGACCAAAUGGCAGUCAGACUUCAAGGCGCGAGACGGACGAUAAUGGCAGCGGCAAUCCCACGUGGGCGAUGGAGUUCAGCAGGGACGGGAAGUACCUAGCUGCGGGGGGGCAAGACAGAAUACUGCGGAUCUGGGCGACAUUGUCAAGUGCCGAGGAGAGAAGAUUUCACGAAAAGGAAGAGGCUGCUGCUGGCCAAGCACAACAUCUGAGCGCACCCGUGUUUCAAAAGAAGGCCGUUCAGGAGUACGAAGGGCACACAUCUACCAUCCUUGACCUAAGCUGGAGCAAGAACAACUUCUUGUUGUCGUCGUCGAUGGACAAGACUGUACGAUUAUGGCACGUCAGUAGGCCAGAAUGUCUUUGUACGUUCAAGCAUGCGGACUUUGUACCGUCGAUCCAAUUCCAUCCGAGAGAUGAUAGGUUCUUCUUGGCCGGCUCGCUGGACACAAAGCUGCGACUAUGGAGUAUACCAGACAAGAAUGUGGCAUACUGGGCACAGCUGCCAGACAUGAUCACAGCAGUGUCAUUCACUCCUGAUGGCAAAACAGCUAUUGCGGGCACACUUAAUGGUCUCUGCCAGUUCUACGAGACGGAGGGGCUGAAGUAUCAGACGCAGAUGCAUGUCAAGUCGGCACACGGGAAGAAUGCCAAAGGCUCAAAGAUCACGGGGAUCCAAGCAGUAUGUGUUCCAGCAGACAGUAACAGUGGAGAGGUGAAGAUACUGGUGACUAGCAACGACUCUCGGAUCCGUCUUUACAAUCUCCGGGACAAGAAUCUUGAAGCAAAGUACAAAGGACACGAGAACAACCAGAGUCAGAUACGAGCAUCGUUCAGCCCAGACGCGAGUUACGUCAUCACUGGCAGUGAAGACCGGAAAGCGUACAUCUUCUCCACGACGGCGUCGGAGAGCGAGAAACGCAAUCAGCAUGCGGUGGAGAUGUUUGAGGCGCACACAAGCAUUUCAACGUGCGCCAUCAUGGCACCCACGUCGACGCGGCAGCUGCUGAGCCGGUCUGAAGAUCCAGUGUAUGACAUAUGCAACCCUCCGCCGGUGACGCUGGUCAGCAAAGCAGAAUCAUUUGUAUCGUCGCAAGCGCCGACAGAAGCAGAGCAGAGCGCUACAGCGGCAGGUGGGAGCAAGUUCAAACGUGCGGAGGAAUCGCCAGCGUAUAUUGCACGGUCAGUGCACAAUGACGGCAACAUCAUGGUCACGGCGGACUACAGUGGCAGCAUUAAAGUGUUUCGGCAAGACUGUGCAUACCAGAAGCGCCGCAACGAUGCGUGGGAAACAUCGUCGACCUUCUCGAAGAAGAUGGGCGGGCGCACGAUGUCGAUACAGAGCAAACGGUCAGGCAGACGCGAUUCCACGAGCACGCAACCGCCACAGGAGCGGAUCAUGUCGUGGCGUCAAGAAAUCCAGCCCAGCGGCAGCGCGGACAGUCUGGCGCUCCGAAACGGCGGGACACACAGCAAGAAUCGAAGCGUCUCACCGCGCAAGUCGCCCGCGGGAUCGAGUCUGGCAUCGGGGAAGAAGAAGGGAGGGAAUAGUGAUCAGAAGGAGAGUAGUGUGUUUGACAGUGAAGUGAAUCCGAUGUGGGUCAAGGAUAAGCAGAGCUAUGCGUUCUGGAACACACAGACGGUCAGGGAGCAGAUGGAGCGGGCACACGAUAAUAGACUCAGGCCUGAAGUUGGCAGCGGUCGGCCAGCGCUGAGCCAGCAGGCGAGUACGGUCAGCGCACUGAGCUAUGAGGAGGCAAGUACGGAGGAGGCAGAGAGUGGUAGCAGAGGCCCAGAGCCAGAGCCAGAGGCGGCAGACUGUUGAGAAAAGAGAAGAGGCGGUGAAAUGAUUGGCAGUGGGGGUACAUACCUAGUACUAAGUGACCUCUAGUAAGAAGGGAGGAUCUUGGUUAGCAAGAAUGCAGUGAUUGAAUAGAGUAGUAGUGCCGACCGAGUAUUAUGACGAGGGAUUGACUGUGAAGAGAGAUGAAUAUAGGUAGUAGAGAAGAAAGAUGAUUAAAUGUCCGAGCUGAUUAGCCGAGCUAUCGAUGUUCGUAUUUUGAUUGUCUCUCGGCUCAAUCCGGCUCUUCCGAUGAAUGCAUG